CCCUCUCACAGCAGCUCACUGGGAGCUGGGAAAUUACAAGGGCCAGGCAGGGACUGCUAGGGAGACCAAAUCAGUGUCACUUUCACAACUUUCCUUCCCUUUCAUGUGUGAGGCUGCUGCAGGCUGACUCAUUGUCUCCUCCAAGAACAGAAAUCACAUAACCCCCCCAAACCCAUGGCAGUCACCCAGAGGGAGCCCUGCUUAUUAAGGAGGGAUCAUAGAGCCUGAGACUGGUCCUCACAGCACAGAUCACCCACAGGGCUCAGCCUGUAUGCAGCUUGCAUCCCAUGCCAUCCAGUGUUGUGCGUCUGAAAAACUUGCACUUUAAAUCGAGGGAUUCUAGACUCCCCUAUAAACGAGGUUUGGUCCUGAAGCUCUCCCCCCUCCCCGAAUUCAUUGUAGCUCUGAAGCCUAGCUUCCUGUUUUCCUGGAGGCUCCUCUGGACUCUGCGCACGUUUUGUGUUGCAGCCAGCUCUUGGAUGGGAGAAAUCUGCUAUUAAACACCCAGCCAGGCGUAGCCCUCGCAACAAGCUGCCAGCCUGGUCUUUUUGUUGCCCCAGGAUAAACUUUGUAGCCUUCCGCAGCCUUGGAUACAUUGACUUGUUGGUGAAACUGUGGAUCGUCGCAUAUCAUUCUAGAUUAUGGCAAUGGUGGUCAAUCCAUGGCAGGAGGACCUCCCUGGGGUUCCUGGCUCCCACGUGAGCAAUCCACCAGGAAUUUGUAACCAGGACCCAGGAGGGGCCCCUCAAACCCCAAGUACCCCUAAAGGGACAGCCCCAGGUCAGGAUCCAGUUCAUUCAGGGGACAAAGGGGUGCCCAAUGUGGACUGCAUGGUGUGUGGGGACAAGUCGAGUGGGAAGCACUAUGGACAAUUCACCUGUGAGGGCUGUAAGAGCUUCUUUAAAAGGUCAGUGAGGAGGAACCUGACGUACACCUGUAGGGGCAACAGGGACUGUCCCAUCGACCAGCACCACAGAAACCAGUGCCAGUACUGCCGGCUGAAGAAAUGCCUCAAAGUGGGCAUGAGAAGAGAAGCAGUCCAGCGAGGUCGAAUGUCUCAUCCACAAACUAGCCCUGGCCAAUAUGCGCUCAACAAUGUUGAUCCCUAUAAUGGACACUCCUAUCUAACGGGAUUCAUCUCCUUACUUCUACGAGCGGAGCCUUACCCAACGUCUCGCUAUGGAGCACAGUGUCUGCAGCCUAAUAACAUCAUGGGCAUCGAGAACAUCUGUGAGCUAGCUGCCCGACUGCUUUUCAGUGCUAUUGAGUGGGCCAAAAAUAUCCCCUUUUUUCCUGACUUCCAGCUCUCGGAUCAAGUCUCUCUGCUCCGCAUGACAUGGAGUGAGCUCUUUGUUCUGAAUGCCGCACAGUGCUCCAUGCCCCUUCACGUAGCUCCUCUUCUAGCAGCUGCUGGUCUUCAUGCCUCGCCCAUGUCUGCUGACCGUGUGGUGGCCUUCAUGGACCAUAUAAGGGUGUUUCAAGAACAGGUGGAAAAACUGAAGGCACUUCAUGUUGACUCUGCUGAGUAUUCCUGUUUGAAAGCCAUUGCAUUGUUUACACCUGAUGCGGUGGGAUUGUCUGACAUUGGCCACGUGGAAAGUAUUCAGGAAAAAUCUCAGUGUGCUCUAGAGGAGUACGUAAGAAAUCAGUACCCUAAUCAGCCCACCCGAUUCGGGAGACUUUUGCUCCGGCUUCCUUCCUUGCGCAUUGUCUCUGCGCCUGUUAUAGAGCAGCUCUUUUUUGUUCGUCUAGUUGGCAAGACACCCAUUGAGACAUUAAUCCGAGAUAUGCUACUGUCCGGGUCCAGUUUUAAUUGGCCAUACAUGCCUAUGCAGUGAUGGGGCUGACUCUGCCAUUUACAUCUCCUGACUUCAAGAUCAGGAGAAGCUUUCUCAGAAAGCUAAUUCUCAGAGGUAACAAAAACAUAUCAAAUGGAAGCCAACUCAUACACAUGUUGAGGAGUUGUCCUCAAUCAUACUAGAGCACUCAAAACGAAUGUUACUCUCAGAGAAAGUUGAAGGUAUUCCUACCAAAUUAUAUUUUCGUACCCAACUCUUGAAGUUCACUGGCCAAGUAACUUAAGACUGGUGGGUCCACUCUCUCCUCUGCACAUCAACAAAAUAUAAAAUAUGAACAGUCAAUUAAACUCAUCAAUAACCAUUGAAUGAAUGCCGUUUGCUUUGUUUUUGCCAGUGGGAGGUCAUUGUGUGUUUACGCAUCUGUGCAAAUCAAGCAAACUUUACCGAACUAAGCACCAAAGGUGAUUUUCCUACCAAUGUCAGCAAAUGUUCCUACAGAGAAACUGUGCACACCACCUGUCAUUUACUACAUUUUCCAAGACUUCCAUUGUAACGGAAUUCAUAGAAUGGGUCACGUGCGUAAAACGUCAAGAAAAAAAGGACAGAGAAAGACUAUUUAUAAGUUCAUACUCCUGUUGGCUAUUUAAUGUUAAUGAUUGGCUGGCACUGACUUUUGCAACACAAAGCACUGAAUCAGCUGUGGCCACUAAAUUUCUCUUAAGGCUGGCCAACAAUAGACUAUUUAUAAGAGAAAAGAAUGGGCAUUUGAUAUGUAUGAACUGCCUGCUUUUUCAUGAAAUGUAUAUUCUUCAUUCCUUUACUCUUUUCUCUUCUAAGUAUGUUUGUAAGAUAUUUUCUCGGUGUGAAUUGUGGAUUAUUUUUUUGGGGGGGGGGGAAAACCAGCAGCGAAUUCUUGUUUAUUUUGUCUGUUUGUUUUUAUCAGGUUGAACUGGCUAAUUAUUAAAAACAGUAUCUGCUCAAUACAAAUGUCUCUUUGGUAAAGAUUAUGCGGGGUGGUCUGGUAAGAGAAAAGGGAAAAAAUAGUGGAUGCCUAGCAUUCUAGAAUUCUGUCAAUCAGUGCGAUAAAUAGCCAUAGACUCUAUGCUCCUGCACCAAAGUAAAUUAUUGAAUGAU